UCCACUGCUCUUCCCCGCCCGCUCUCAGCUCGCAGCCAUGGCGGCGCUCUGCUCCGCCGCCUCGCCGGCCAUCUCCAGGGCCGCGGCGCUCGGCCUCUCCGCGCGCGGAGCCGCAUCCCUCCUCCGCCUGCGCCUGCGCGGAGCCGCCUCGCGCACCUGCUACGCCGCACCGCGGACGACCGCGGGAAAGGCACUGUCGUGGCGAGGGCAGCGGCGCUUCGCCGCCUCGGCCGCUUCGACCACGGAGGAGGGCUCCGAAGUCGACAUGGUGAUCCCGCCCGACAACCGCAUCCCCGCCACCAUCAUCACCGGCUUCCUCGGCUCCGGCAAGACAACUUUGCUUAAUCACAUAUUGACAGCUCACCAUGGAAAGCGGAUCGCUGUCAUUGAGAACGAGUAUGGUGAAGUUGACAUCGAUGGUUCAUUAGUUGCCGCACAGACUGCUGGAGCUGAGGACAUAAUGAUGCUGAACAAUGGUUGCCUUUGCUGCACUGUGCGUGGUGAUUUAGUACGAAUGAUUGGUGAAUUGGUUGACAAGAAGAAGGGAAAGUUUGACCAUCUUAUCAUCGAAACCACUGGUUUAGCAAAUCCAGCACCAAUUAUACAGACGUUCUAUGCAGAAGAUACAGUUUUUAAUGAUGUCAAGCUGGAUGGUGUUGUUACUUUAGUAGAUUCAAAGCAUGCAAGGUUGCAUUUGGAUGAAGUAAAGCCCAAGGGCAUAGUCAAUGAGGCAGUUCAGCAGAUUGCCUAUGCUGACAGAAUUAUCAUUAACAAGACUGAUCUUGUUAGCGAGCCAGAAGUUUCUUCCUUGGUUGAGCGUAUAAGGAGUAUCAAUCGCAUGGCUAAUCUGAAAAGAGCUCAGUAUGGCAAAGUUGAUCUGGAUUAUGUGCUUGGAAUUGGAGGCUUCGAUUUGGAGAGGAUUGAGAGUGCUGUCACUGAAGAGCCACAUGAUGAGCACGAGCACGAACACAAACAUGAACAUGAACACGACCAUGAGCAUGAACAUCACCAUGACCACGACCACGAUCACCAUCAUCAUGAUCAUGAGCAUAAGCAUGACCAUCAUGCACAUGAUCACACCCAUGAUCCUGGUGUUUCUUCCGUAAGCAUCGUUUGUGAAGGGGAGAUGGAUCUUGAAAAGGCUGACAUGUGGUUGGGGAACCUACUGCUGGAACGCAGUGAUGACAUAUACCGGAUGAAAGGAAUACUCUCUGUCAGUGGAAUGCCUCAACGCUUUGUCUUUCAGGGAGUGCACGACAUUUUCCAGGGAUCCCCCGACAGAACAUGGGAGGCAAACGAGCCACGAAUCAACAAGAUCGUGUUCAUCGGUAGGAACCUCAAGCGUGAAGAGCUGGAGGUUGGCUUCAAGGAUUGCCUACUGAAGCAAUGAGCCAGAGACCCCGAGACUCUUCAGUUUCUCCUACGCACGGGGUGGUAGAUCUCCAGCUUCAUGAUUUUGAGCUUUGCAGCUGUAGAACUUAACCUUGGAAAGUCGAAACUGAUAUUUUGGUCGAACUGAAAUUGAAAUACGAGAUUUGUAUAUAGGUUGGGGAACAUAACAUCUUUGAAACUUGAGCCUCGUGGUGUUCACCAUCACUGUUGUGUACUGUACCUCUAUGUUAUGCACGAUGCUGUACUAAGACUUGCAGAGAUUUAUACUGUCCUGGAAUUUGAGGAUCUGCUUUCUUUACUACUCCACCACUGUAUUCCCUUGAUUAAUGUCAAUCAUUCUACGAAA